AUGAGUGGCAUCGUCGUGAAUGAGCCUUUGGACAAACAAACAGGAAAAAGGGGAGGGCUUUUCCUCGCCGGGGCCGGCGCCGCCGCCGCCGUCCAAAGCUCUAAACCCUCUCCGCGGCGGCAGGGCCAAGAGGCAGAUUUGAUCGAGAAAAAUGGCUCAUCAACUUCUUUGGGCAGUCUAUUUGCUUCUGAUGAUGAAGAAAACAGUGCCCCUUCACUGCCCACAAUAGAAGCUGACCGAGAUACCGUGGAGCUAGAUUCUUUCUCAAAAAAGAGGUCGUAUUUACUGACCAAAAUGAGCUUCUCAAAGCAAGAGGUCGAUUUGGCAGCCAGUGAGUUAGGUGAGGGAGCAUCAAUUGAUCAACUCGUGGAUUGGAUUGUGAGUGCUCAAGAAGCUACAACUGAGGAAAAUGCUGAAUUUCUGCCUGCGCAAAUGGAUAAACCGCAUUCUUUGCUCCAGAUGGGGUUUACUCAACAAGAAGUAUCGUUUGCUAUUGAAGCUUUUGGUCAAGAAGCUGAAGUUGAGGAGCUUGCUGACGCAAUUUUGGCAAGACGCAUUGCGAAUAACAUUGAGCAGAAACAAGAAACUGCUGAAUUGCAGCCUGAGGUAAUGGAUACACCACUUUCUUUGCUCAAGAUGGGUUUCAGUAAAGAAGAGGUCUCAUCUGUGAUUGCUAUUUUUGGCGAGGAAGCAACAGUCGAGGAGUUGGCUGACUCGAUAUUCGCAAGACGCUUCUCAAAUACCACUGAGCAGAAAAAGGUGAAGAUAGAGUCUGAAUUUCCGGACGAGACAGAAACUGGGUAUUCAACAUCGAGAUUGAGGUUCUAUGAUGAUGAUGAUGAUGAUGCCAACAUCAGACGUAAAAAGGCCAAGCAUGCAUUUGGAGAUGACAGUAGGGCAUCAAGCAGUCAGAAUGUUAAUCAAUCUAGCCGCACUCCAUGGUUAAGUCGUUGUUCUGGGUCAAUUGCUAAUGGUUCUCUGAAGGAUGAAUGUCUUGAAAGGACGUCAAGCCCUGGUAGAAACAUCCACGGUGACCUUUUCAAACCUCCCUUCUUCCUCUAUGCAAGUCUUGUUGACAUCAGCAAAGACACGUGGAAUCAGCUCUCGAGUUUCCUAUUCAACGUGCAACCGGAGUAUCUAAACAGUCAAUCAUUCUCGGCUCUGAUGCGGAAGGAGGGUUAUAUUCAUAACCUUCCAACGGAGAGAAGGCAUGCUGCGAUUCCAAGGUCACCAAUGACGAUCAGAGAUGCAUUGCCUUUGAUAAGACGGUUCUGGCCCUCAUGGGACACCAGAAAGCAGAUCGAUGGUGUUGCUUUAGGUGUGGUGGGAACUGAACAGAUUUGUGAGAAGGUGGAGAAGGCGGUGAAAGAUUCGCGAGGAAAUCUUUCAGAAGUGAAGCAAGCGCAGAUCAUUCAUCAAUGCAAGAUGGCGAAUCUCGUCUGGACUGGUCAAGACAAGUUAGGCCCUCUGCAGCCACACCAGAUGGAAGUGAUUCUAGGCUAUCCAGCUAGCCAUACGGAUCUGCCGGGCAUAGACCCACAAGACAAGGUUGCUUCCAUGAGGUUUGCCUUGCAAACUGAUACCAUAGCAUACCUUUUGUCGGUCCUAAAGGACCGGUAUCCUGAUGGGCUGAGAGUGAUCUCUAUCUACAGUGCAAUCGGGGGUGCAGAAGUCGCUCUACACCGUCUUGGAAUUCCGCUGAGGUGCGUGGUGUCCGUAGAGGAGUCUGUGGUGAACCGUAGAGUUCUAAAGAUGUGGUGGAGAAAAACCCAGCAGAAUGGAAAGCUAAGACAACUUGAUAGGAUCCAGAAGCUAGAUACCAAGGAGUUUGAGGACCUGAUGAAAGAGUUUGGCGGGUUUGACCUCAUUGUUGGUGGGAACUACGAUGUUUACAGAGGCACAGCGAUGACGGUGGGCACAACCAUGGGAAUGGACAGCAAUCGAUUUUUUGCGUAUGUCCGGGUUGUCCAGAUGGUGAGACGGAUGCAAAAAGUUGUCUGACACACAUAGUUCUGUCUUCGGUCAUUCUCCCAUGAGGUGUGGAUUAUCAAGGACCAAUACUAACACCUUUACAAAAAGUGAAGUUUUUUUGUUCUUUGUCUUCUUGUAGCAAUAUGUCCGCAAUGAGACCUCAUCUUCAUGGCUAGUGUUAUCCUUGCAUAAUGAGCUUGUAUGCCAUAAAAAAAAAGGAUUGCAGCGAGGAAUCCGUUGAGAAGGUGCUUGGGGUUACAAGAUUGCCCCUGCAGAUGAGGUCUUUGUUAUUCUGACCAAGAUGAAGGUGAGAUGGAAGCUGUAAUCUAUCAAGCGAUGAGUUUUUUGUGCUCCUCUAGAUUUUGACUGAAGACGAGUCCAGUAGCCGGCAAAGAAAAAUUGAAACCUAUUGACUGAUGACUUUUGAUCAUGUUCUCGAGAUUUGGCUGAUAUUAUGGUGGUUUGUUGCGCCGUUGGAUAAAACUUCUGAAAGUGGUAAUUAGUGUUAGCUAAAUAUACUUGUGUGACUGUUGGGUGCUUUCAUAGUUGAUGGUAGGAAUUAAGAGCA